AUGCAGAAGAAACGACUGAUUAGCAAACACAUGGAAAAGGGGAAAAUAAGUAAUUACGAGGCGUCGAUGUGCUUUACAGGGCCCGAGAUAAAUGGACUUAACACGAUUCGUGGUCAGAACGCAUACGAAAGUAACGCAGAGAAGAAGGAAAGCAUCCAUGGUCAUGUCAACAUGAAAAACGUGAGCAGCAUGAAAAAAAUCAGCAACAUGAAAAAAAUCAGCAGCGUGAAAAACCUGAGCAGCUUAAUCAACCCGGAAGACAUGUACAGGGAAAUCAUAUGCAGCGAUAUCCAUUAUGAAGGCCACAAAAGUGACUGCAACGGAGUGAUCUAUGUGAACGAGAAGCAGUACGAACGAAUAAUCAAACGGAGACUCAAAAAAAUUAAACAAGACAUUGAGAGGAAUAGACAAGUACGAGCAUAUGUGGCCAUACAGAGCAAAUCAUGUCUACGGAUGAAUCAGUUUCCUGGCAAUCAUUUUAACACCUCCCUUUAUAACUACGAUAUGAAUUCGAAUGAGUCCUUCUUGAAGGCCAAGGGGGGGACCCAAAAUGGGGUCAGCCAAAAUGGGGUGAGCCACAAUGUAGUGAGCUACAGCGGAGGCAGCCACAACGGGGUCAGCCAAAACGGAGUGAUGCACAACGGGGUGAUCCACAGCGGAGUGAGCCAAAACGGGAUGAUCCACAACGGAGUGCCAACAGGGUUGCUAAUCGGUACAGGGACCACUGCCCCGUGUCCAAACGGCAGCACCACCGACAACCACAACAACAACAACUACUUGUCACUGUAUGAUGGUAUGAGAACAGGUAUGAACACGAAACUGGGCAGUAAUUACGACGGUAGAAAUGGCGUCUACCUGAAUCAGUACCCGCCAACAUACUCCGCCAGGGGGGGCAACCACCUGAACCAUCAGAACCACCUGAACCACCUUAACCCCCAGAAUCACCUGAAACACCAGAAUCACCUGAAACACCAGAACCACCAUAACACGCUGAACAACAUGACUAAUGUGAGCAGCGCGUCUCACAGGACCAACCUGAUGGCACUGAAUCACGCAAACCACGGGGAGGAUCUGCAAGGUGCAGGAGAAAACUACGCCGACAUGAACGACGCAAAUAUGUCUAACAUGGCGAACCAAUCCAAUAUACCCAAUUUGAAUAACCUGACUGAUUUUCCCAAUUUGGUUAACAUGAGUGACUUGGUUGACAUGCCCGACUUGCCCAACCUCACCAAUUUGGCCAACGUCACCAAUUUGGCCAACGUCACCGAUUUCUCUAACCUCACUGACUUGUCCAACCUGAGCGAUUUCGCCAACAUGGCUUGCUUGAACAACGUGAACAAUUUAGACGGUACGGAGAACGAGGAAAAUGUGCCAAACGGGACGAGCGUGACGAAUGAGGGCAACCUGGGCGACAUGGUGCCAUUGCAAGACCAGGCACACAUGGAAGAGAUUCACAUCGGAGGAGUGGGCGAUGUGCACAGCGUGAGCCACAUGGGGCAUGUGGGACAAAUGGGCCAUGCAGGCCAAAUGGGUCAGAUCGGUCAGAUGAGUCAGAUCGGUCAGAUGAGUCAGAUCGGUCAGAUGGGUCAGAUGGGUCAGAUGGGUCAGAUGGGUCAGAUGGGUCAGAUGGGUCAGAUGAGCCAAUCUAGCCAUGUGGGCCCAACCAACCACACGAACCACCUAAACCACUUGAACUACGUGAACCAAGUGCGCCACCCCAAUUACCCCAAUAAUGCGGUUCACCUAGACAACCAGAACCACGCGGCUCACCUAGACCAUCACAACCACGCGGCCCACCUGGGCCAGCUGAACCAGAUGAGCCACGCGAACCAAAUGAACCACCUCAAUCACAUGCGGCAGAUGAGCCAAAUGAGCCAUUUGAGUCACAUGAGCCACGUCAACCAGAUGAACCAAAUGAACCAAAUGAACCAGAUGAACCACAUGAAGGGCAUGAAUCACCUGAACAGUUCAGGAAAUUUGACAAACUUCUGUAAUACCAUUACCGGAAAUUUCAAUUAUGGUCCCUACGACGACUAG